AUACGCGUUGUCUGAUAUACCGUGGAUGACCAUCGCUACUUGAAGCAAUAUUCCGAAAUGCCAGGCGCUGCCGCGGAGUAGAUUGUGUUUCGACAGUGACAGCGUUUCGCGCGGGCGAGUAAGUGCGAUUCCGGCGGAAGUAGAUAAUCGUAUGAUUUAACCGUUUAAGCAAUGAAGGAAAAUAGAGGGUGGGACGAACAGUCGUGUUAGCCUCUAACUGCGAGACUCUUCUCUUCGCGACGGAAAGUGUUAAUAAAAGGGAGAGCUGUGAUUUUUGACAGAACCGGUUUCAGUGAAGCUGCAUGAAGAAAAACAGACGAAGGAGUUCAUCGAAAAAGAGAGAAAAAAUAGAACGGCGGAAAGAAAUAAAAGGAGAAAAUUCGAAGUGCGGAGUCACUUACGGUGCCAAGAAAAUAAACAAUAGUGCUGCCGCGUACCAAUUUUGGGAAUAGAAAUGAGUUGAGGAUCGUCUACGAUGUUGAGUCGUCUCUCGGCCGUGGUGGCCUCCAUUUUGGUUCACCAGAUAUAUUUUCUAUGCACUGCCAGCACGUUGUUAGGUGCGAAGCAAUUUCCAGGUUUUGAAAACUUGCCACGCUCAUUUUGGCACGAGCUUAGUUCACCUUUUACAGAGGUUUACGAGGUGGAGAGUUUCGUGACUGAAACAGGUGGCACACCUGAACCGAGGCCAUUUUUCGAGGAUCCAGAAAGCAACAUUACUGUACAACUCGGCGCUCAAGUCUACAUGCACUGCAGAGUACAAAAUCUACAAAAUACUCUUAAGGUGUCUUGGGUGCGUAGACGAGGAGACGAGCUUCAUUUACUCACCAUUGGCCUCGAUACAUACGCGAGUGACUCCAGAUUCUCCUUGGCCUUGGAGAAACCCAAUGACUGGCGAUUGCUUCUACGCUCCGCUACGGAACGCGAUGCCGGUCUUUACGAAUGUCAAGUCAGCGCCCACCCACCAUUAAUCAGAACUGUCCAUCUAGCGGUGUCAGUGCCGAAGGUGGAAAUUGUGGAUGAGCAUGGUGCUACGGCUGGUGACAAGUUCUACAAAGCAGGUAGUACAAUAGAGCUGAAGUGUGUAGUCAGCAAUAUACCGCAACCCACUGGCUAUGUCACGUGGCGACACGGAUCUCGUACGUUAAAUUACGACACGACUCGUGGUGGCAUCAGCGUCAAGACGGACAUGGGUGCAGCUGGUGCGGUGUCUAGGCUCUACAUUGCAAAUGCGAAUAGAAAGGACAGCGGGAACUAUAGCUGCGCCCUGGCAAACGUAGCAGCAGCCACUAUGGUGUCCGUCCACGUGCUAAACGGAGAGAAUCCGGCUGCCAUGCAACACGGCGGUACCACUGCCCCGAGGGCGACCUUUAUCUUUACCGUUGUGAUAUCACUAUCAUCGCUCUUAAGGUGACCGUGAUGACUCCGGUGCAUUUUGGACCUGCGAUCCGAAUGGUGCUAAUUUUCUCUUUCCCCUAUGGAGACUCGUGCGCCCGGAAUGUCCUCUCGAAAUGGACGGAAACUUUGGGUAUUAGGCCCUCCGCUCCUUUCCGCAUGCACGCCGCAUGAGAUUGCUGCGAAUCAUAUAAACGGGGGGAGUAUAUGGUAUUCUCACGCGAAACGCAAAUACGUGUGUGUGUGCGCGAUAACGACGGAGAUAUCAUCCGAAUCCGUUUCGAUCGUGGACUUAACUUUUGGACAAGUAGCUUCACUGUGAAGCACCGCGUCUCGCAGUUUCGUACGGCGCGGCGAGACGGCGUAUAUCAGUUUCCACAGAGCAUUUCCGAGCAUCUCUCGAGAAACUUGACUAAUCGCUUCCAGCGGCGAUCAAUGCGGGAUUUGCGUAUAGAGGAGGACGAAUAGCGUUCGCGCUCAGAACGCACACUGUAAAUUUCAGGAAGAGGGAUAGAAACUUCAUGUCGCUCCCUCGUGUUUGAACUGUCGGUACUAACGUGUUGACGAUGCAUUGUUAAUGCGUAUGUUAUUUGCGCGUCCAUAUGUUCAAACGCGGAUACAUUAAUUAAGAAAAUUCCGUUCAUGUGAUAUGUAACGCCCGACUAUCUAUGGCAUACGUUCGCGAUUGUGCUGAAAAUAAUAGCCAAGCGAUGAUUCGAUUAACAUAAUUCCACAAUCAAAGACGUUCUCAUUUUAUAAUUUUAUCGUCAUAUCGUUCAAAAUAUAU